GAACUCAGUAUUUCAGAAUUCAGACAGUCGGCAAAAAUGACAGUACCGAGAAUUAAGCUUGGUUCCCAAGGACUAGAAGUUUCCAGGAUCGGGCUGGGCUGUAUGAGUAUGUCUGCCAAUUACGGCCCGCCCAAGCCCGAGCCCGAAAUGAUCAAAGUACUUCAUCACGCAAUUGAUAGUGGAGUGACUUUCCUUGAUACUUCUGAUGUCUAUGGACCUCUCAUCAAUGAAAUCCUUAUUGGCAAGGCUAUUAAAGGAAUAAGAGAGAAAGUGCAAAUAGCCACCAAGUUCGGUAUACGUUUUGAAGAUGGAAAAAGGGGCAUUUGUGGUGAACCUGCAUAUGUAAGGGCUUGUUGUGAGGCCAGCUUGAAGAGACUGGACAUCGACUGUAUCGAUCUGUAUUAUGUCCAUCGUAUCGACACACAGUUGCCAAUUGAAGUCACGAUGGGAGAACUGAAGAAACUGGUUGAAGAGGGUAAAAUCAAAUAUAUAGGUUUAUCUGAGGCUUGUGCAUCAACAAUCAGAAGGGCCCAUGCUGUUCAUCCAAUAACAGCUGUUCAGAUGGAAUGGUCUUUGUGGACCAGAGAUCUGGAGGAAGAAGUUGUUCCAACUUGCAGAGAACUUGGCAUAGGUAUCGUCCCCUAUAGUCCUCUCGGACGAGGGUUCUUCUCAGCAGGCGCAAAGUUGAUUGAAAACUUGCCUGAUGGAGACUUUCGCAAGAGUUUCCCUAGGUUCAUGCCGGAGAAUUUUGAGCAUAACAAGCAAGUAUUUGAAAAACUCAAUCUAAUGGCUGCAAGGAAAGGAUGCACCCCUUCACAACUAGCAUUGGCUUGGGUUCUUCACCAAGGAGAUGAUGUAUGCCCUAUACCAGGCACUACCAAGAUUGAGAACUUCAAUGAAAACGUCAGAGCCUUAUCCGUAAAACUAACUGCAGAAGACAUGAAAGAGCUCGAGUCGUAUGCCUCUGGUGAUGUUGUCAAAGGCGAUAGACAUGUGUACAUGUCGUCUACUUGGAUAAAUUCAGAGACUCCGCCAUUGUCCUCCUGGAAAUCUGAGUAGGGGUUUGACAUCUUUCUGACUUCCUAUGAAAAGCUCAAACUCUCCAAAAGUAUUGUUGCACCAGUGUUUGUAUCCUCCAAUAAUGCACUAUGCGAAAUCCAACACAAACUCGGCGACAUUUUUGAAGAGUCCGAAUAACAUAAUUUGGCUUUUGUAAAUGCAUUCAUAUGUAUUUAUGAGGCGAGACGUAUGUCAUUGGUUGCUCCGAAGUCCUAAAUGAUUUGGUAUUUUAUGCUACCAAAACCUUUGAACCUA